AUGGCUGCAGAGGAAGAGUUCUUGUGUCCUCCGAGUACGGAACAACAUGAGCUUGCGCAACGGAAUCCCUCUGUGUAUAAUCCUUUAGAUACGUUCCGUCUUCCUCCCGGCCAGGAGAGGCAAUACCAACAGCAAUAUGGAGAUAUGUACUUCUUGCGGCUUGCAAAGCUGAAGCCAGCCGUCGAAGCAGUUGCGGUCGAAGCUUGGGAAGGAUUCAACAUUGCAGGAGAGUAUGCCCGUCGCGUGGAACGAGUACUCGAUGUUCGACAAGGAGAACUUUGCUGGGUUGCGGGCACAAUAUAUAUGGAGAUGCCAUUGAAGCCCAAUAUCUUAGACGAUCUUACGAAAGACAACUUUACAACAGCUCCCCCACCCCGCCGAACCUACCAGGACCCAUCACACCCAGAGUUGACAGAAAUCAUGCUUGAAGACGAAUCCGGGCGACUGCGCUUGACGGGAAGCAAAUUGAGCUCGGUCCAACUAGCAACGGGGGCCAUCAUUGCUGUGCUUGGGACGGAGAACGCAAAUGGAGAUUUCGAGGCGGUUGAUAUUAAGGUUCCUGAUCUCGCUCGACAGCCACGACGAUGGGAGAGAGACGACGCAUCGUCAUCCGAGAAGUCGAAGAAAGGGAAAAUCGCAUUGAUUAGUGGUCUUGGUAUUACGGGAACCUCGAGUGACAGCCUCACCCUCGAGCUCCUGGCGGACUAUCUUUUAGGCUACACAGGAUCGUCUUCUCAAAAGGGGGAGGCGGGUUCACUACCAGAUGCUAGCGGGAUUACCAGAUUGAUCAUUGCCGGUAACUCACUCGGGGUGAGUACCAUCGAGGCGGCACCGGCAUUGGAGAACGGGGCUUCGGGAAAGAAGAUUGCGCAGCAGAAGAAGUACGGAUAUGACGCUUCCGCGUAUAACGCGUCGCCUAUUACACAACUAGAUGCCUUUCUCGCAGAGCUUCUACCUAGUAUACCCAUUACUCUCAUGCCAGGCGAAAGCGACCCGGCAAACUUUGCGCUGCCGCAGCAGCCAAUCCACCGCGCAAUGUUCCCGCGUGCGAGGGCCUACUGCGCGGCGCCACCAACUGGAGAAGAGAAGCCGGAACACGGCUGGUUCGAUAGCGUGACGAACCCCUGGGAAGGAGAUGUUGAGGGCUGGCGGCUGUGGGGUAGCAGUGGGCAGAAUGUGGAUGACGUGCUUCGAUACCUGGACUUUGCAGAUGAGGAUGGGAAUAUUGACACCGACGGGGACGUGGAAGCUAGGGUACGAAUCAUGGAGGCCAUGCUGCGGUGGAGAUGUGGAGUUCCCACAGCUCCAGAUACAAUAUGGUCCUAUCCAUUCCAGACACACGACCCCUUUGUUAUGCAGAGCUGCCCGCAUCUUUUCUUCACCGGUAACCAACCGCGGUUCAAGACCGGCAUUAUAGAAGGCGACGCGCCAUUAAAACUCAGCGGCGAGGACACGGAGAUGGGCGGGACCGAGGAGGAUUCAUCCUACCCAACGGUCCGCUUUGUAUCGAUCCCCAAGUUCCGGGAAUCGGGCGAGCUAGUCCUGGUCGACACCGAAACCCUGGAGGUCGAAGUAGUCAAGUUCGGCACCUUUGCCGGAAAAGAAGAGAACCAAUAA